CCAACACGCCCUCUUGCAGCGGCAUGAAUGCCAAAGCAUUUCAGAAGAAACAGACGAACACAGCGCUAUUCUGACGGCAGUCGUGAGUGGCAUGUAAAAGUGCGAGUCAGCAGAAAGCCUCGCCUCAUACUGUCGCUCGAUCGAUAGCUGCAUGGUCAAGGUCACAGCUGAACUUUGCGCUCCACCACCAUUCCCCGCCGGUUCAGGACUGCGCCGUUUGGUAGGCGGAAGAGUAGUCCCUUCUGAAAGCAGCGUCAAAAGCAUUUGAACGACAAGCUCGAGGGUCUCUCUCUCUCUCUCUCCUUCGCUCUUCUGCGUAGCGCUCCGCACUCGUCACACCUUCAUUCCUUUCGAGUGCGUUGCUUAUUCCAGUUUGUCAAUUUCCACGCGCACCACAUUGAGAUCUCCUACACGGCGCGGUGCAUUUCUCGCCAAUCGCGCGUACGUCAAGCAGGUUCGCCCCGACGAUGCGCUGCUCAGUCCCUCUGCUCGUGUUCGGCGCUCUCGCUCUGGCGUCCCUUGCCAGCGCCAAACCUGUCAAGCUUGGCGUAAUCACCGAGCUCGUCAACUUUGGUGACUCGCUGACGGACAAUGGCAACGGUUCCUAUCUGCUCACUAACAAGACCUGGCCUGCUGAUCCAGCCUACUUCAAUGGUCGAUUCUCCAACGGUCCUACUUACGUCGAAUAUCUCGCUCGCUCGCUCUUCUCUCGCUCACCAAGCGGGCCGAUCACGGACCAGGGGUUGAGGGAUUUGUCGUACGGAGGCGCUACGAUCGACAAUACGCGAGUGCAAGGGUAUACUGGUCCGAAGAGCACCAUUCCCGUACCCGACGUAUUUGCUCAGAUCGACACCUAUCUGUCCUCCAAGCGAGGCAGCAUUCACAUCAGCAAUGCCAAGAAGCUCUUUUUGGUCAGCGGAGGCUUGAACGACAUUUUCUUUGCCAUCGGCACGCCCAUUUUCGAAUCGCCCGAGAAAUUUGCGGAGGGCAGCGCGAAGAGAUUGAUGCAGGCCGUCGAGGCGCUUCGCAAAGCCGGCGCCAUCCAUUUCAUCAUCCCAUACGGCCCCAAACUGGACGCGUUACCAUACACUUCCGCCUCCUCUCCAUCCGUACAAGCCUCCUUCAGCGCCUACUCCAAAGCUCUUCACCUUGCUCUGCAAAAGCGCGCAAAAGCGUACCUACGCGCUCAUCCCCUGCUCCGCAUCGUCCUCUUCGACGGCGACGUGGACUCGACGCUGGGCGGUGGAGACGCGUUCAAAGUGACGGACAAGCCGUGCCUCGUGGGGGCUUAUGGCGAAGCUCCUCGAUCUCUGUGUGCCGAGCCAGACCAGCACCUCUUUUGGGAUCUAUAUCAUCCCACCACCAGAGCGCAUUCCUUCUUGGCUCAAAAGGCUUUCAUGGCUAUCAAGAGGGCUGGCUUGCACAGUAUUCCUUCCCCUGCCGCGUUCCGCACAUCUGCGAACGACGAGCCCACUUUUCAAAUUGGCAUUUCCAGACAGGUGCACAUUUAGCACGUGCGCUCGCUCUUGCCCCUCAGCGUAGCAGUCAGACACGCUCCUUGCUCCUCGCACCUCGCUCCUCGCACCUCGCACGCGCUCCUCAAGACCGACUUGAAAGCGCAAUCACACCGCUUGACAGAUGGCGUAGGGCAUGUCUUGUCGGCGCGUGGCAAUGUUGAGAGUUUGAUCAUCG